AUGGCACUGAAAGGCCGCAGGUUCGCACUGCUGGCCGCCUUUGUCAUUGUUUCGGGCCUCUUGAUCUUUUCGCAAUCUCUCUACCCAGAGAAGCUGAGCUGGUCCGAAAUCUCGGCUUCCCUUCCUCCAGGAAGCAAGUCUUCCGUGCCAUCUGCCAAGAGCAGCCAACCGGGCUCCGUGGGCGUCGGCCGCUUCCACUUCCUCAUCGCCGCCAGCGCUCCGAACCUCCAAUUCUGUCGCACCCUUGUUUCCUCGACCGUCAACCGCUUCGGCGCGCCCGUCAUCGCAGGAUGGAACGCCACCGGGGAGAAUGAUGCUGCUCUCUCGCACCUGGCCAAAAUCCGUGUCGUUGUUAAAUACCUCGAUGAGCUGCCCCAAUCCAACAACGACGAUCUAUUCCUUAUGAUCGACGGCUAUGAUGUUCUCCUCCAGUUCGGUCCCGACGUCUUGAUCGACCGCUACUUCAAAGCUUCCGAACAAGAGGAUGAGCGCAUCAUCCAACAACUCGGCCCCCAAAAGGCCGAGACUCUAGCCGGGCCCCUCGGCCGACACAUCUUUUUUGGCGCCGACAAGGUCUGCUGGCCCGUCGACUGGCGGCGCCCGGCAUGCUGGGCUGCCCCCGCGGUCCCCAAUAUGGACGGUCGAGAGUUCGGCCCUCUCACGAACACGGAAGACAUGGCCUUCAAUCACCCGAGAUGGCUCAACAGCGGUACCAUCAUGGGCCCCGUCAAGGAGGUCCGCGAGAUGUUCCGAGCCACCCUCGACCUCAUCCAUCAAGUGUACGACCCCGAGUUCGAGUUCAGAGAAAGCGACCAGCUCUACAUGAGCGACGUUUGGGGUCUCCAGGAGCUGGAGCGGAUCCGGAUGCAAAAGGAUGAAGAUCCUGAGGCCGUUGUCAUGCAACCCCCGGAAGACGGCUUUGUUCCUCGCCUGGAACCCGCUUUCAGCUACAAUUCUCACAUCGCCUUGGACUACUGGAGUCUGAUGUUCCAGACAUGGGCUGGCUACACGGAGUGGGUGGACUGGCGCAAGUUUGUUGGUCCCCUUUACUCGUUCGAGGUUACCCAAAACCACCGCAACAACUCGGACUUUGUCCCUUGGAGCCUGCACAUGCAGGCGGACGGCAUGAGGUCGUUGAAGCGCAUCUUUAACACGACGUCAGAUGAGACCAUGGGCGGGACGGUGGAUGAGCUGAUCCGCAAGUCCGAGUUCGGGGCCAACAUUAUCACCAGACAGACGUUUCCCUUGCUACAUGUAACAGGAGAGAAGGGCGCUCUGGAUACCUUCUGGCCCCGCAUGUGGUUCUAUCCCUACGGGCGGUCGCUGGUCCGGUCCGCCAUCAAAUGGUUCCGGGCCGAGGAGCACUAUGCGCCUGAACCGAUCAACAACAGAGUGUGGUAUCCAGCGCAUCCCUAUCCCGAGAAGAUCAGGGAGAGCGAUGCCGGCGCCUGGUCGGACGCUAGCAACGACAACGCAACCGUCUACUGGUUGGGUUUUGAUGAGCUCUGCGCAGAGCAUCACGGCAUUCUUUUUGGGGAGGCGUAA